UAAGUAAUGUGACAUAACCUAUGUACAUAAGUGCGCAAAAAUUUAGUGCUAAUCAAAAGGAAUUGAAGGUUUUUUCAACUCCUUUCACCCAAAGCGUGUGAACAAUCUACAAAUUUGAAUUUAUAUGUAAGUGAUAAAACACACAAAAUGGCACAAGGAAAGCUUAAAGUGAAGACAAAGUUGCCAACCUCAGUAAAGACGAAAACCAAUAAAGGUAAGGGCAAAAAGGGCCCUGCUAUCCAAAGACGUGGAAACGCCCCUGUUCAACCUAAGAAGGCAAAGUUACAGGAAGCGCAGAAAUUGAAGAAGAUGAUCUCAAGAACUGUGAAUACUGUGGUAGAAGAUGAGAUACGAGAAAAAGCUUUAGAGGGAAGGAAAACUCUCACAAAGAAGAAUCCUUCUAAUUCGAAAAAACAA